AUGUCACACGUUACGGCUGCUCAGGGCAACUUCCCUGUCUGGCCUGUGCUUUUGAAGUACAGUCGGGAUGAAUGCUUCCAAAUUCUGCGACGCCUCGAGUUGGAAGCGUAUUCGAAAGUGGUGUCUGUGUUUCGCGCGCAAGGUCCACUAACUGGAGCGAAGCGGAAAGUGCUGUACAAAUUACAACGUCUUCUGAGCAUCACCACUGAUCGUCACAAAGCUGAAGUUAGACGGGCACUAAAUGACGAAGAACUAAUCACCAUCUCCGAGGCUGCAUGUGGAAGGGAAGUAUACGAAGAGUGGAUCUCAGAGGGUAAACGCGUCGCGCCUGUCUUGCACCGACCCAGUGCAAAAACGGCAUAUCUUGCGGAAGCAAAUCGUGCUGCAUUCAACCAACUCUGCGAAAAUUAUUCCACUCCCCCGCCCUGUGAAACUGCUUACCUCACUUUAACUCCGGAAGGAGUACCGACCGAGCUCAGACCAAGCUCUCCUUCAGUUGAGGGCAAACAAAUUGGCAAAACUUAUUCUGACAAAAGUACCCAGACUGUCAAACUUCUGAGCGGAUCACCAUCCGCCCCUUUAGAGGAUUGUGAAUCACAUGAAAUCGAUAACAUUCCGCGCGUGGGGUACGAAAUUACUUGUGAAACUGAAAGUUUAACCUUGCCAACUGAAAUGCUGAAUGGACAUGUAAAACAAAAAUUACCAUUCGUUGUGGAUUCCCAAACGACUACCGCUACUGGUGCUUCCUCUGUUUCUGCCCGGGCCAGUCAGGAUACAACCGAAGGUCAGGUUGAUUCGUACACUAAUCACCAAUUGACGUCCGAAUAUGAAUCCAGUCGCGUUUCACUUAGCGCGCAACUAAACUCAGCCCAUGGUACCCCGACAUCCGAAUCUUUCCCAGGCUUCAGUAAACCGGCUGACGCUGUGCUAAGCACUUUCGGCAAACCUGGUUCGGUCGAACCCUCGUCCAUAGCCUCGCAUGCUUCUCGAAAACGAUCUUUGUCGACCAGCCCUAACACCACGGAGGUAACGAAUGCACCAAGCAAAUUGCUCAGUCUGGUUCACGCUCCAAACACGUUGGCAACAACAGCCCGUCGUACCACUCACUCACAGAUAAUUCAAAAUAAUCCACAAUCGGAAUCUGUAUUGAAUACUCCCGCCGCUAUACAAGCGGUACCUCGGACACAAGAAAUGGUGCACUAUUCGACAGUUCAAAGAGUCCAAUCCAAAUCAACUCAAGGUGUUAUGGGCUUACAUUCAAGUUCAGGAAAUCGGGCACACUCUCAGCUUGUUUUACAGAUGUGUCGGCCAGCAUCCGAGACCCUGUCAACUGCGGAUUCAACGUUCAGCGCUACAAGAUCCGGGAACACCGUGGUCAUCCCACCUCGCCCCGGACAAGUUAACACGGUUACUCGAACCUACACAGGUGUUCAAAUGCCUGGUGGAGGCCUCUCCUUCAAGUCACCACUUAUUGGUCCUAGAGUUCAACGAUCUGGCACGUCCGCCAUGACUGAUUCAGGAGCAGACAGUGCUCAGCGAGCUUACUCGAGUACCGCUACUCCGAGCAUUGCCAUGGUUCACAGUCUGCAAGGUAUGAGCGGGACACAUCGAGUUCCCGCGGCAGUGACUACCGUAGUUCUGUCCACCACCUCUUCAUUCACCUCCGAAAUGUCAGGAUCCUCGAUUUCAGGACCUCAUAGUACGGUUCAAACAUUUUCUUCCUCGUUCAAACCAAAUACUACUACUACCAUUGUUGGAACUCAAAAUAAUCAUGUUCCUUCUACUAUGUCGAACAUCCCCGCGUCCGAUGGAGGAGCACCAUCACCUUCACCUUCCAUGGCUACCAGACGCUUAGUCUCAUCAGCUCAACCAUUGAUUGUCCCCGGUCUUCAGGUGUCUGUUGCAUCCAAUGUGGUGCAGAAUACUAUUAGCACACCGGGCAACAACAAUGUCAUCGUAUUCCAACGAGGAGCUCGUAAAACUUCCGGUAUGUGUCAUGCACCCAUUAAAUUAGCUCCAGCAACUCCGUGCAUCAUUCCAUCCACAUCGACUCCGACUACUCCCAUUAUGACUGGAGGUCUCGGAAGUAGACAAAUCCGAAUCCUGGGAUUAUCGUCCACUAUCCCGUCCGGUUGUUUAUCCGCUUUGACUACCAGUUCGUCAUCUGCAGCAGCAACGGCCGCAACUUCAACAACCGGAGUAGUUUCUGUUGCACCGCAAACUCAUACUGCACCAGAUUCUCGGAAUUCACCUCCCACAAUUUCCGAUUCUACCCCGGUCAGCUUACCAGAUUUGGAAAAGAUGCAAAGCGAUGCUGUCAGUAGCCUCUUGUCACGCGCUUCACGUCUCGGGGCUAUGCUUGAGGUAGACCUGGACGCGGAAGACUAUAUGAAUCAACCACCUCCCUUGGACCCAGUCACCACCCAUUGUGUCAGUUUUCAACAUGCUGAUCCCUCACUUGCCGUAUCCGCGACACAUUCAUCCCAACCUGGAGCAGGUGAAUCACAGCAUCUGCAACUAGAACUCGCUUCCUUAGGAGUUACUGGUCAACUGCCGGUUUCGGAAUCCGAAGACGUCACUUGUGCUAGCCGGAUAACGGCGACUCGAACGACUAACAACCCGCAUCCUACCGAUUCAGUCAACCUACCCAUCUCAGAAAUGGAACACAAUGCGGCCACGGAGCACCCACCGAUUGAACGAGACUGUUUCGACACACCGAUUGAGGUUCAGUCCAAUAAGAAGAUUGAUCAACUCAAGGCCAUUUUGGGUCUCACUACUCACGGUGCUAGUAAUGUAGAAUCGGCAGAAGAAUACGCUUUGACAUCCCGUUCCUAUCCAAGCAGCUUUGAUCAGACGGCUUCUUCAACGUCUGAGAGUUGGAUGAUCGAACGUCCCAGUUUGUCCGGCUGUCUGAUACCGGAACCCAAACGUGCUCGUCUAUCUCCUGCCGUUUCCGAAGUGCUGGAUCUGGCCUCCAGCCCCCCAGCGUUAUCCAAACAUCAUUUCCCUCUGCCUUCAUCACUGAUUCUCAUAAGAUGCAUUGUGUCUUGUGACGAGGGACAAGCGACAGUUCUCUUCAUGUUCCUUCAUCACAUCGUAUUCCCUGUACUUGUGUUGGUUUUGUGUGUGGCCUCAUCCUUACCAUUGUACAACAUAGCUGGUAAAUGGAUGGCGCCGUUUGCCGAGCAUGCGAACUGGCGAUCAGAUUUGGAGGCUGUCCUUCAACAGCUCUCCCACGCCUCAGUACUGUUCGUGCACGUGGCUGGUUGUGAUCAACCUGACUGGACUAAUCGUGGAGAUUUGUUAAUGAAUGAGCAAAAUCUUAUCGAUCCGCUGCGUGCCCUUCGCACAUGGGCUGCAUUGGUUCCCGACUUACUGACGGAUCAGACGGAAGUCGUCACACAGUUACUUCUAAGCGUUCUCACACAAAUGACCAACUUUUUAGAUGCUCUUUUACUAGUCCUCUAUCGUGAUGGAGAGCUCUCAUCGCAGUGGACCGUGUUGAAGCAAGUGGAACAAAAACAUUUUGUACUUUCUUUACCCCGAUUACUUUUGGGGUCAUUGACUGAUCAUCCCCUGUCGGCUCAAUUCCCCUUACAAAGCAGUCGUAUGGGCAGUUAUGCAGCAAUGCUAUAUUAUUCAGUAUUACUUCAAUUCGAAUCAAGCAGCCUGAUAUCGGACACUGAGGGUUUGGAGUUACUCGCGCGCAAAAUGAUUUUGGAUGUUGUCGUGCUUCAAUCACUCGUUUUUCAGUGCACAGUGCCUGAAGUCGAGGACAAUACUUUGCAGACACAUUGUCAACUUCACUACAGACUUCUCUUGUCAAAGUUGGCUGUAAUAUUAUCUGGCCACCGGUGGAAUAUUGAUCCUGAAACUGACACAGCGGUUGCAUGUACCCGAACGGGACAGCUGAUGCCAAUAGUGGUUUGUGCCACCGGUCUCGUGAUGUUUUUUCGUUCGGACGACUUGAGACCGGUCGACACACCGACUGGUGCUGAGCGAUGUUUGGAGGCACAAACUAUCCGUCCGUGUUUGACAUUUUAUGACUUGUACAAGAGAACGCAGAAAUCAGUGGCAAGUAUAGUGAACGGAUUAAUCGAUAUGUUCGAUCAAGAGUGUCGGAAUUGGAUUUCAUCGUUACUGCGACUGAUUGAAACCGAUCCAAAUGAGCACGAAGUCUUGAAAUCGGAAUCUGGGGGUUCGGCUUUUCCGUUCGCCCAACUCCGAGGUGUGGUUCACCUUUUGUCUGAAUCGGUCUUUUCCGAAUCAACAUGUCAGCGACAUUCAAUAUCAAUUCCCGAAGGUAUCGAUGCCGAAGGAGAAUCUGCAGAGAGACUCUGGAAUCGAAUUUGUGACUUGCUUGUAUUCUGGAAUGCAUCCUCUGAUUGGUUAGAUCAGAUAUUUCCAUCGUCCGUCGAAGCGGUUCAUCGUCGCAGUGUGAACGGUGAGCCGUGUACCGUUUACCCAUCUCGGAUGGCUCGAACCUGGCGGACAAUACCAUCAACAUCUCCACUGUCACUUUGUCAAGCUGUCGGCUUCCUACAUGAUUGUUUGAGAUGCAUGACCGGGCUGAUCUCCAUGUUUCCUCAGUUAUCGUUCGCGUUGGCCUCCCACUCACUUGGAUUUCAAAUUCCCGAUUCUGUUUUACGAUCUAAUUUUCGUCCCAAGAGAACGGCAUUCCAAUGCAUUUUAGAUGCGACAAAUCGGGAUAGACUCAAUCCAUUAGCUUCGGAAUGGAGUAUAUUGCUGAUCAAAUUGGCUGUGAAACCAGAAUCCACAGACGAAAAAGCGCUGAAAGGAGCACGACUGUUGUCUUCUGAACUGAAUAACCUUCAAUUGUUUCGUUGA